AUGUGUCUGCAUCUGCAGGGAGGUAAACCAAACGGUGGAAGAAAGAACAGAAAACAGAAGAAGGGAAUUAAUCGUAAACCAGAAAGGGCUCACAUCAACCACCAGGAAACGCACUUCCGCCCCAGAUAUUCGUGUGACGUCGAAAUAUCAUUAGUACGAGGCGCUAGCUACGUUUUACAUAAUAACUACAAAGCCGCAACCAAUCCUUACAGCACCAUGAGUGGGGGCAAUUCCUUCUGUAAAUCACACAACGGAUACAACAACGACGACUACGACACAAAUGACAACACAGGCGACUACACCAAAGACGACUUUAACCACAAUCAAGACGCUUACAGAAACAACGCCAACAACAACUCCUACGACAACAACAGCACUUUUGACUAUGACAACGCCUAUGACAUUAACAACGUCUUUGAUAACAAUGACGCCUACGAGAACAACAUUGCCUACGACAAUACCGACAACUAUUACAACUAUGACGUCUGCUACAACUAA